CGGCGCGCGGGCGGGGCGGGGCCGGCGGAGCGGGCGGCGGGGCCGCCACCAUGGAGACCCCGGGGUAGGGCGGGCGCGCCCGGCGGGGCCGCGGGGCCGCUCCGCGCGGCAAAAUGCCAGCCCCUGAGCAGAGCCCAAUGGUGGAGGAGGGGCUGCUGCAGACAGCGCAGGAAACUUCCACAGGCCCAGGCAUGGAACCAGAGACUACUGCCACGACCAUUUUAGCUUCUGUAAAGGAACAGGAGCUUCAAUUUCAAAGACUUACCAGAGAACUGGAAGUGGAAAGGCAAAUUGUGGCUAAUCAGCUAGAGAGAUGUAGGCUUGGAGCAGAGUCACCAAGUAUCGCCAGCACAAGCUCUACUGAGAAGUCAUUUUCCUGGAGAUCCUCAGAUCCUCCGCCCACCAGUGUAAGCAAACCCCAGGUGUCAGAGGGUGUUCACACCAAUGCCUAUGAUAUUAGGACAGAAGCAGAGCAAGGGACUCUCUACUCACCAGAGCAGACAUCUCUCCAUGAAAGUGAGGGGUCUGUAGGAAACUCCAGAAGUUCAACACAAAUGAACUCUUAUUCUGACAGUGGUUACCAGGAAAUAAGCAGUUUCCAUAACAGCCAAAACUUGAACAAGUCAGAGAUCAGACAGCAGCAUUCCCUUGGCGGACCCCCCGGCAACCACGUGGUGAGGAGCUCACGCGCCGAAGGGCAGACGUCAGCGCAGCCUUCAGCAAAUGCCAGCACGAACCGUGUGAUGCGACGGGUCAGCUCGGUGCCAUCCAGAGCGCAGUCUCCCUCCUACGUGGUCAGCAGCGGCGUGUCCCCGGCGCGGGGCUCGCUGCGGACGUCUCUGGGGAGCGGCUACGGCUCUCCCAGCGCUGCUGAGCAGAGAUCCCUGCCGUCCCACGCCUACUCCUCCACCACCCUGCCCGUGCAGCGGGCGGGCUCCCCGUACGCCGUGCACAGACCCUCCUCGCCCUCGGCCGUGCGGCGCGUUGGCUCGCUCACCUCCCGGCAGGCAAACCCCGGCAGCGGCGCUGCCCAGUACCAGGCAGCAGGCAGAGUCGGCUCUCCUCUUGCCCUUCCUGAUGUGCAAAGCAGAGUGGGUUCUCCAUCCCAAACUCAGCUGGGAUCCUCUUCCCCAAAGCGCUCUGGCAUGACGGCAGUUCCGCAGCACCUGGGCACGACGCUGCAGAGGCCGAUUCACGACGUGGAGCCGUAUGGACAGCAGUACGAGAUCUAUGAGAGGAUGGUCCCCCCACGGCCAGAUAGCCUCACAGGCCUGAGGAGUUCGUACGCGAGCCAGCACAGCCAGCUGGGGCAGGAGCUGCGCUCGGCGGUGUCCCCGGACAUGCACAUCACCCCCAUCUACGAGGGCAGGACGUUCUACAGCCCCGUGUACCGCAGCCCCAACCACGGCACUGUCGAGCUGCACCACGGCUCCCAGGCCGCCCUGUUCCGCACCGGCUCCGGCAUGGGUAACCUGCAGCGAUCCUCCAGCCAGCGUAGCACCCUCACAUACCAAAGAAACACCUACGGGCUGCCCACGGCGGCCGCGCUGGCGGAGCCGCUGCGGGCGCUGCCGUUCCGGCUGCCCGAGCCCGGCUACGGCCGCCUGCACCCCGCACCCGACGGCGGCACCACGCGCUCACCCUCCAUCGACAGCAUCCACAAGGACCCCAGGGAAUUUGCGUGGCGAGAUCCAGAGCUGCCUGAGGUCAUUCACAUGCUCCAGCACCAGUUCCCAUCAGUGCAGGCCAACGCAGCUGCCUAUCUGCAGCACCUCUGCUUUGGGGAUAACAAAGUGAAAACAGAGGUCUGUAGGCUGGGAGGUAUCAAGCACCUGGUGGAUCUCCUGGAUCACAGAGUCCUGGAGGUUCAGAAGAAUGCCUGUGGUGCACUGAGGAACCUCGUUUAUGGGAAGUCCACUGAUGAGAACAAAAUAGCCAUGAAGAAUGUGGGAGGGAUCCCUGCCCUUCUGCGGCUGCUGAGGAAGUCUGUCGAUGCUGAGGUCAAAGAGCUGGUGACAGGAGUUCUCUGGAACUUGUCUUCGUGUGAUGCCGUGAAGAUGACAAUCAUUAGAGAUGCUUUGUCCACGCUGACAAACACUGUGAUAGUGCCCCACUCGGGAUGGAACAGCUCCUCCUUUGAUGAUGAUCAUAAAAUUAAAUUUCAGACUUCCCUUGUUCUGCGCAAUACAACAGGAUGCCUGAGGAACCUGAGCUCCGCUGGGGAAGAGGCACGAAAGCAGAUGAGGUCCUGUGAAGGACUGGUCGAUUCGCUGCUCUAUGUGAUCCACACCUGUGUGAACACCUCAGAUUAUGACAGCAAGACUGUGGAGAAUUGUGUGUGCACCUUGAGGAACCUUUCCUACCGCUUGGAACUGGAGGUACCUCAGGCACGGCUGCUGGGAAUCAAUGAACUGGAUGACUUGUUGGGAAAAGAGUCACCCAGCAAAGACUCAGAGCCAAGCUGCUGGGGGAAAAAAAAGAAGAAGAAAAAAAAAACUUCCCAGGAGGAUCAGUGGGAUGGAGUUGGCCCUAUCCCGGGAUUUUCCAAGUCUCCUAAAGGGGUGGAGAUGCUCUGGCACCCAUCGGUGGUGAAGCCAUACCUGACACUCCUGGCAGAGAGCUCCAACCCAGCCACUCUGGAGGGCUCUGCAGGAUCACUCCAGAACCUUUCUGCAGGCAAUUGGAAGUUCGCAGCCUACAUCCGCGCUGCGGUGAGGAAGGAGAAGGGGCUGCCCAUCCUCGUGGAGCUGCUGAGGAUGGACAAUGACAGAGUGGUGUCAUCUGUGGCAACUGCCUUAAGGAACAUGGCCUUAGACGUCCGCAACAAGGAGCUCAUUGGUAAAUACGCGAUGCGAGACCUGGUCAAUCGGCUGCCAGGGGGCAACGGGCCGAGCAUCCUGUCGGACGAGACAGUGGCUGCCAUCUGCUGCGCCCUGCACGAGGUCACCAGCAAGAACAUGGAGAAUGCCAAGGCCCUCGCUGACACCGGUGGGAUAGAGAAGCUGGUCAACAUAACGAAGGGAAGAGGUGACAGGUCCUCACUGAAGGUUGUCAAGGCGGCAGCCCAGGUACUGAACACGCUGUGGCAGUACCGAGACCUACGGAGCAUUUACAAAAAGGAUGGAUGGAAUCAAAGUCACUUUAUUACACCAGUAUCAACACUGGAACGAGAGAGAUUCAAAUCCCAUCCUUCUCUAUCCACAGCCAAUCAGCAGAUGUCACCUGUCAUGCAGUCAGGUCAGUCAGUUGGCAGCACGUCCUCGUCCCCGGCUUUGUUGGGAAUCAGAGAGCCUCGCUCCGAGUACGACAGGACGCACCCUUCUAUGCAGUAUUACAGUAGCCAGGGCGAUGUCAUUGCACAUAAAGACAUCUACACUGGUUCCAGCAAAGCUUCACCAAUUUACAUCAGUUCCUACUCCUCACCAGCCAGAGAACAGAACCGGCGGCUGCAGCAGCAUCAGCAAUUGUACUACAGCCAAGAAGAUACCACCAGGAAAAACUACGAUGCCUACCGGUUGUACCUGCAGUCCCCACACAGCUACGAGGACCCUUACUUUGAUGAUCGAGUUCACUUUCCUGCUCCUUCAGAUUACACCACACAGUAUGGACUGAAAUCAAGCACCAAUUAUGUAGACUUUUAUUCCACCAGACGAUCUUCUUACCGAGCAGAACAGUACCCAGGCUCUCCUGACUCCUGGGUGUAGCACCAGAGAGAAAAACCCAGUGUGCUUCUUGUCUGGCUUGAGAAGGACUGGAAUGGCCCCGUGUUGUUUUGGUUCAGAAAUGUGAAAGUGAAAGAAAAGAAGGAAAAAGGAUGAUUUUUUUUUUUAUUUUUUUUUUGAGUGAGGAAUUGUCAGGAAAAAAAGCUGGCAGGGAUGGUUUUGCUCUGCUUAGGUGUUAGGUAUCAUUACUUGUAGCUCCUGUAGUCUGGUGAGGGUGUGGGCGAUGUGAUGAAAGGUUUGAGAAUUGAGUACGAUGAAUUUGGAAAGUGUGUAGGUCAGAGCAAAUUAAAGCUGAUUUUUUUUAUGUGAAUAAAAGUCUUGUUCUGAUAGUUUGUACAGAAAAAAUCCAAUGGCUGCCCUUGUUUUAUUGCUAUUACUGAAUGUCAGGAUUGUAUGCUACUGCGUCAUGUAAAUUUCUUCAUUGGUGUAAAUAUGGAAAUGCCACGUUGGUCUCAAGUGCCAUCCAUUUGUAAUGCAGUGUGUCAUUGGAAAAGGAAUUUGAAACAUCAUGCACAAAAAAAACCCCAAACCAAGAAAGUGUUAUGAAUUCUAAGAGGAAAAGAGCCCAAACUUUAAAAAAUGAAUAGUGUAAUUUUGAAGCACAAAGUCCAGUUCAGUAUAUCCACGUCUCUCCCAUUCCCUGCCUAUUUCAUAAGGAACUUCACUGCCAUUUUCUAUGCACAUGGAAUAACAAUAAAUAUGGAAGUCUCAUCCAUGGAAAGCUGUUCCCUGUUCAUUUUUUUCUCAUUAUUUUCUGUGUGUGAUAUUCAGAAACAAAUACCAUGAAAAUGAAGUCUAAUUGCAUGUUCUUUAGCAGGUUAAACAUAUCAAAACAUUUGGGCCAUUUUCCCAGCUCUUUCCAGUGGAAACGUCCCCAGUGUGUCAGGCUGGCAGCCCAGAGUGUGCUAAAUCCAGCACCUUCCUACCAAGAUUCCUCAGACUUGGGUUUUUACUCUUGAUAUUGGCUAUCCAAGAUACUUCAGAACUCUAGCCUGUUUUCUUUCCAUCACUCCUCUACCCCUCCCCUUGCUCUCUCAAGGAAAUUGAGGUCACCUUGCUGUCCUAGAAAUGAUGGUCUUCAUUCUGACUAUAUUCUGCUUGGAUUUCUUUCUAAUAAAAAUGUUUAAUUAU